UUUUUUUUUGGUUUUUUUUUAUUUUCAACAUAAAUUUUUUUCUUGUCAAAAACGAUCUUUUACUAUCGUUUUCGAUUCUUUUCAUUAAGUAAAAAAAAAGAUUCGAUCGCGCUGUUAAAAAAACGAGUAGAGAGAGCGAGAGAGAGAGAUCAACUACAGAUCACACGUUAACUGAAAUGAGUGCAAGAUCUUCGUCACAUUAUUCUUUAGUCAUACGUCAAAAUCCACGUAAAGCAAGACUAUGUAGCUUCAAAGAGAAAGUGGAUCGACGGCCCAUUGAUCCACCGCCAAUCAUCCAAUUAAGAAGUGCAUACCCCAACGAUCAAUUCUUAAACAGCCCUUACUUCUUUUUAUAUGCUACUUUAACGGAUGCAAUGGGUGAAACUGAACUGCAUUUCGUGAAUGGUAAUAGAACCACGGCUGGUACUGUGGUACAAUCCCUUCACAAACUAAAGGAUUUCGACAAUACAGAUGGUGGUUUCUUUAUAUUCUCAGACAUAAGUGUUCGGUUGGAAGGCCUUUACAGAUUGAAAUUUACAUUAUAUCAUAUUGAAGGAACUGUAGUCAAUUGCUUAUGCUCAAUUAUAUCAGAUGUAUUUCAAGUCUUUUCGCCAAAAGCUUUUCCAGGAAUGUCAGAGUCCACUUUCUUGACAAGGUCAUUUUCAGAUCAAGGCGUCAGAAUAAGAAUUAGAAAAGAGCCAAGGACCUCAAACUGCAGAAGACGCAAAAGGAAAAGAGCGGAAGGAGUCGAUUCAGAAGAGGAUGAAGAUGGAGACGAUACGAGUGAUAAAGGGCAGUCUUCAUCUGAAUUACAUGCUCACCAACAAUACCAACAAUAUCAUCAGCAACAGCAACAACAACAACAACAACAACAACAACAACAACAAGAGCAACAACAAGAACAAGAACAACAGCAACAGCAACAGCAACAGCAACAGCAAUACUAUUACCAAGAACAAUAUCAGCAUCCGCCACAAAAUUACCAUCCGUAUCAUCAUCCUUUAUACAUUCAUCAGCAGCAGCAGCCAUAUCAUCACGCACCUCCCUCAUCUACUUAUAUUUAUUCAUCUAUAGAUACCGAUUCAUAUCACAUCAACCAUCUUCAGGCUGUCGAACCAAAGAACAACCGCAACAUCGAUAGUCAAGUCCCUGUACCAAAACCAAUCUUGCCUUCAUCCAAUGAUGUACCCAACACUUCACCUAUGUCGGUGCGGAACAUACUAUCAACUACUCAUACUACUACGUCUACUACAGCUGCUGCUACGACGACGACUACUAUUGACACAUCUCUGCAGAGUAGUUCAGAUCAAAACAACAGCGACUAUCAUAGUAUCCAUCAUAGCAGUGCCAGCAGUAGUAACAGUAGCAUCAAAAGUCUGAGUCAGAAUGGCACUAGCAGCAACAGCAGCAGUAGCAAGUCAAUAGACGAUAUGAACCCUUUCAAAACGAGAACAUUACCCUUACCACUGCCUUCGAUGAAUAACAACAACAACAACAACAACAUCAAUAAUGACACUGACACGAAUAGCAAUAACAGCAACAGCAGUAGUAGCAAAAGUAACAAUGAAGUUGAAAAAAACAACCCUUGGCCUGUCAUGAAGGUACCUACAAGCAUCACCACAGCUGUCUCGUUACUGAACGAGGGCUCGCUUACACAGCAAUAUUCGCCGCAGCAGUCGCCACCAUUGCACUUGCAACAACUCAUCCCACCACAUCAAAAUACUCAUCAAUUGCCCUCGUUGCCUUCAUUAUCUUUACAUUCACCCUCAGCCUCACCACCGUUACCAUCGUUACCAACAAAUCAAAGCUACUAUAGCAACCACCAUCACUAUAACAACAUCUCGUCACUUAGACGUUAAUUUUCAACUUCAGAUAUCCCCUCUUUUUUUCUUUUUUUUUUUCCCUCACCUUAGAACCUUAUUUAAUACUUUGUCUUUCUAUUGUAAAUAAAAAAAUUGAAUCAAAGUAAAAAGGUACUUUUUGCUUUGCUACCUUUUUGUUCUAAAUCGUUUAGCUGCAUACAUUUACAGAAUGGUUGGUAUACAUUGGGAGUUUUUUUUUUUCUGUCCCUUAUACUCUCCACGCCCCAAUGAGCAGUCUAUCUCGAGAACAGGAAAAAAAAAAAAAAA